AUGACAACACGCUCUAUGAGGAUUGCCAUUGAAGGUUGCUGCCAUGGUCAAUUAGACAAUAUUUAUGACACCAUUAAACACGAUGAACUGGCAACCGGAAAAAAAGUAGACCUUGUUCUAAUCUGUGGUGAUUUUCAAGCUGUUCGCAACAUGUCUGAUCUGGCUUGUAUGUCAGUGCCAGAUAAAUACAAAAAGAUUGGCAACUUUUGGAAAUACUAUUCAGGCAAAGUAAAAGCACCCUAUCCAACCAUUUUCAUAGGUGGAAACCAUGAAGCCAGCAAUUAUUUAUGGGAGUUGUACUAUGGUGGAUGGGUGUGUGAUAAUAUCUACUAUCUUGGAAACGCAGGCGUGAUUAACUUUGGUGGGUUGAGGAUAGCAGGAUUGUCUGGAAUAUACAGCGAACACAGCUACUAUCGUACUCACUAUGAAGUCUCACCGUACAAUUCUUCAGAGAAAAGAUCGGUAUAUCACGUAAGGGAUUAUGACGUGAAGAAACUGUUGCAAAUUCGUGAACCUGUAGACAUAUUCUUAUCUCACGAUUGGCCACGAGGAAUUGAGCGUCAUGGUGAUGUACAGGAUCUUAUCAAGAGAAAGCCAUUCUUUGAAAAGGAGAUCCUCUCAAGACGCCUUGGGAGCUUCCCAAAUGAGCUCUUAUUAUCAAAGAUACAGCCUGCUCGAUGGUUUGCUGCCCACUUGCAUGUUCGUUAUGAAGCAGAGAUUGAUCAUAACAAUAAAGACAAUUAUACAGAUAGCACGAAGCAACUCUUAGAAAAGCACAAUAUACCUGUAGCUAAAAACCUUGACGAAAUCAAAAUUGAGGAUGAUGAUGAUGAUAAUGAUAAUGGUAGUAACGAUAGUGCCACUGAAAAAGAUUCAAAGCCACCUAAAACUACAAAGUUCUUAAGCUUGGAUAAAUGCCUGCCUCAUCACCAGUAUCUAGAGAUCAUUGAUGUCCCUGUCUCUUGUGAUGAAAACGAUGAGCCUGACUUUUAUUAUGAUCUAGAAUGGUUAUCUAUUACAAGAGCCAUGAACAAGUAUCUGUCAGUUUCUCGUCAGCAUAUACCAAUGCCUUCGGAUGAAAAACUAAAAGAGGAGAUUGCAAAAGAGCGAGAACAGCUGGAAAAGCAAAAACAACAUAAUGUUCUUGAUCUGAAAAUACCCCACAACUUUGAGCCUACUGCUCCUGCACAUGGCACGGAUACUGGAGGAAGAAAUAUGUUUAUGCAGCUCCAACGUCCAUUUUUCAACCCGCAGACAGAUUUGUUUUGUAAAGUAAUCGGAAUAGAAAACAAGAUUAACGCUAAUGGUCAACGUGUUAAUGAAGUAAACAAUACGGAAACGUCUAUCAAUGACUCAAGUCAAGAUACUAAACGUCAAAAAGUAGCUGAAGAAACAAUCCAAUCUGAGAUUACAAUAGAUGAAUCUGAAUUCCUUUAA